AUGGCAGCCCCUACUACCGAAGGCCAAGACACUCCAAUAACCGGCCUCGGGUCUCGCAGAGUUGCUAGCGGAUGCUAUCCCUUUGCUUCCCCUCGUUGCGGUCUCUCAGACACAUACUGCCAAUGUGCUGAUGGGCGAUUUUACGACUAUAACGGGAAAAUGGGAUGUAACCCUCCUGCGGCUAUUGUUGCUGAGUCGGUGACUGGUAUUCCGGGAUACACCUGCACCUAG